UUAUUUUUCAUGCACCAACAUUCAAAUACAAUGCACAGAUUACAGCUAUGCCACAGCAUGCUAUUCGUCUCAUUCUGGUUAAUCACUUUGUAACCAUAUUCGAAUGUGUUGAUAAUUUCCACACGAGCUUGUUAUUUCCAUUGAAUCGUGCCAUUUUUCACAUUUCACGUUUACUGUAUUUUAACUUAAAUUUCAAGUGCAUCAAGAUGAAAUUUUUAAUUAUUCUGUGCAUCGCGCUACUUCCUUUUUGUUUUUCUCUGAGAAGAUUCCAUCCAUUUUCUGGAAAGAUACGUCAACAUCGACAUAAUAUCUUGAAAACCUCAUCGUUAAAUUCGUCACCUAAAGCUCUUAACACUAACUCGGUGCAAUCUGAUGAAGAACUUGAUAACACUCGAGAAGAAUUCGAUUAUCAUAUUUACGUUCGUGAUAUUUUACCUUUUGGAAACGAUACCGAUGAAAAAAUCCAGAAAAAAAUCAUCCAAGUACUGAACGACAUACCAAUGAAUUUCAAUAAUCUUCGUAAACCUAUAAAAUUAACACCGGAGGUUUUUCCUUAUCUCAAAACCACGAGGACGAAAAUCAAUUUGGACAUUGAGAGUGUGAUAAUUUUUCGCAACGUGACAGCUUCUCAUUGGUACGAUGACGAAUAUGAUCAAAAGACAUUUUCAACGUUGAUCAAGUGUGAUUCUUCAACGAAAUCCGAGAUCCGAAUUAAAUUACCUACCAAUGUGCAAAUCGUUGCUAAUCUAUCGAUCAUCAAACCAAAUACCGGUUCAGUGGAUCAAGGAUCAAUUAAAUUGAUAUUCAGGAAUGGUACGAUCGCGAAACAAAUUACAAGUAUUGACGAUGUGGAACUUGAAGACCCGCUCGCCGAAUUAUCUUUCGCGAAUUCAAAGAUCGAUAUCCAGUCCAAUUCGGCACUUGAAAUCUUAUCAGAUACCAAUCUGCAAAAUUUUUAUAAAAAAACAGAAUCUUCACUACGACACUUCUUCUCAAGCCAGUUAAAUGAAGAAAUAGCUAAACGGGAUGCAAAUUAGUGCAGGCGCUACCUUACAUGCCGUAUGCACUUUGAGCCCCCCGCGAUCUGAUGGCUGAUUAUUGUAGAGGACAUCUCCCUUGAUUUAAAAAGUGAUGUUGUCGCUCCCCCACGUGGUCCACAUUUUUGCUAGGGGGCCAAAACCCCCUCAUUUUUCAUUUUUUCGCGAUUUUCUCAAAAAUGGUUGUAUUUAGAGAUAAAAUACUUCAGAGAAAAAAUGUAGAGCAUCGAAUUUCCUACCAAAAAUGUUCCAUGCAUCUUUUCCGUAUGUCUGAUAGUUUUCGAGAUAUUGUUGAUUGAAGUUACGCGGCGAGCGCAUACACGUGUACAUGUAUUAGGUAUGGUUACGCUAUAUGCGUAGUACAGCAAAGUGGCAAUUCGAUAUCAAACAAAUUGCAGUACAAGUUUUAUUUUAGUUUCAUUUCUUACAAGAAAGCCCACUGUAAUCAUAUUGGGAAUUCUUCACAAUUCACCCCCUCCCCCUGAAGCCACUACUUUUAAAAAUUCAGCUCUUGAAAUCAAGUUUUUUGCUUUCAGUGCAUCGGAAUUGUUACCUUAACAAAAGUUCAACUACUUAUAUGAAAAAUUCCUACAAAUAGCUGUUUACAAUUUAUUCGUAUGCCCUAUAGGAAGGCAGUGGUUGGGUCUGGGAGGGGGGAUCUCACGAACGGUGUUUGAACAGGCACAUGUACCUAGUACCUACCUAUGUAUAUAUUUGAUGCGCCAAGACCCUUACAAUAAAUCUCAAAGCUCACGUGCUAUGUAUGUAUUUAUGUUUGUACCUGGUGACCAAAGAGUCUUCUCAGGGGGCUGGUACCUUUACCCCCAUUUGCGAUUUUAUUCCAAAAUUCUCGAUUUUUAAUUCCUUUCUUUUGAAAUUUUUACAAAAUAAAAUACCCCUUAAAAUCCGUUUCAUUCAUUUUUAAUGAAUUCUAUAGCAUUGAUUGAUUGAUUGAUUGAUUGAUUGAUUGAUAGCUAGAGAAAUAUGUUUCAACAAAUCAUUGAGAUUUGUGAGAUGUGUUGCGGAAAGAAAAUGAAAAGUUCUUCGGUUCUAUUUCAAAAAUGCAAAAGAUCAAUGCUGUGAAAUAACAUUGAAUUUUGAUCUGUUGGCGUGACAAUUUUUUUUACAAAACUUCUCCAAGAUUUCUGUAAAAGAGCUCCAAAUUUUAAAACUUUUCUAUAGAAGAUUGUAGGGGAGAGGUAUCGGCUCCCUGAGAGGACUCUUUGGUCACCACACUGAAAGAAAUAAACAGUACUAGUUACAUUGAAACGAUGCACUCAGUGCAUUAAAACGCGGUAAUUUUGGUAUAGGAAUGAAACGCAUUAAUCAGUACAUAUUUAGAGAAGUAACUAUUACACAGAAGUGCGGUAACCAUUCCAUCGCUUUUAUUCAACAAUAUUUAAAAAGGGGGGGGGAUUGGUACUAUCAAUUUCACGUUUCUCUGCACAUCUAAAUAAUUCUCACUGCAACAAAUUUUUCAAGAACUUAUUUCCUAACGAAAAUUUUCUGACCUAACCGGGAUUCGAACCUGGGACCUUUCGUUCCUAACUACCUACACUUAACGACAUGGCCGCGAGUAGAACAUUUGAUUCAGGCCCUCGAAGUAUUUAUAGGGUUUUCACUGUUUGAAACAAAAUGAUUUCAUUGCAGUAUGGCGAUGUACUCAGUGCAUCGUUUACUGUAUUCAGUAAAUCACUACAUGGUUCUCAGUCAUGUUUAAGGAAUGUAAUCAUUGCUUACUAUACAAUGUAAUUAUUACCCACCAAACGAUGUUUUGAAUACCAUGUCUGCAGGACUGAGUCCCCAAAGAAAUGUAUUAAGAACAUAGAAACGAAUUUUGAAAAGUGAUGCAAUAAAUCCAUCCUAGCGGUGUACUCAUUCCAUCACUUGAUGCAUUCUCUGAUUUAACCUAUGUAAUCAUUACAUCAAAACGAGGUAAUUUGAAAAUUACUGUACUGUGCAGUAACCAUUGCAUCAAUUUCAGGACUGAAUAAAGCGUUUUGAAAAUCAUUUCUUUCAGUGCAGGUACAAACAUAAAUACAUAGCACGUAAGCUUUGAGAUUUAUAACCUUGUAAGGGUCUUAGCGCCUCAAAUAUAUACAUAGGUACUAGGUAGGUGUACAUGUACCUAUUCGAACACCGUUUGUGAGACCCCCCCCCCUUCUCAGACCCCACCCCUGCAUUCCUAUGGGGCAUACGAAUAAAUUGUAAACAGCUAUUUGUAGGAAUUUUUCAUAUAAGUACAUAGAUAAAUUUUUGUCAAGGUAACAAUUUCGAUGCACUGAAAGCAAAAAACUCGAUUUCAAGAGCUGAAUUCUUAAAAGUAGUGGCUUCAGGGGGAAGGGGGUGGAUUGUGAAGAAUUCCCAAUAUGAUUACAGUGGGCUUUCUUAUAAGAAAUGAAACUAAAAUAAAACUUGUACUGCAAUUUGUUUGAUAUCGAAUUGCCACUUUGCUGUACUACGCAUUAACCAUGCCUAAUACAUACAUAAUAUACACGUGUAUGCGCUCGCCGCGUAACUUCAAUCAACAAUAUCUCGAAAACUAUCAGACAUAUGGAAUAGAUGCAUAGAACAUUUUUGGUAGGAAAUUCGAUGCUCUACAUUUUUUCUCUGAAGUAUUUUAUUUCUAAAUACAACCAUUUUUGAGAAAAUCGCGAAAAACUGAAAAAUGAGGGGGUUUUGGCCCCCUAGCAAAAAUGUGGACCACGUGGGGGAGCGACAACAUCACUUUUUAAAUCAAGGGAGAUGUCCUCUACAAUAAUCAGCCAUCAGAUCGCGGGGGGCUCAAAGUGCAUACGGCAUGUAAGGUAGCGCCUCGUCUAAAUUCGACAGCAAGUUGUUCGCAAAUCAAAUUCAGCGAUCGAAGUCAAUCACCUAAACACGAUUCUUCGUCAUCAUCACUUUUGGUCCAUAAUCUCAAUCUGUUUAAUAAUCUGUACGUUAUAUCGAACACCCGAACUGAAACCUGGAAAGGAAUAGUCAUGGAUGCUGGACCAAUUAUAAUGAGUGGUUUUUCGAAUUACAACACUAGCGAAUUAUUCGUAUCGCGUGAAUAUGAUUAUAACGAAAGAAGAUACGUGAAUAAAUUAUCUUCUCGUAUGAAGAUUGCGAAUUUGAAUGGGCAAUUUGAGAGUAGAUUUUACCACAACAAUCUCAAUACUAAUUCGUCGAUGGUUUUCUUCUUUACAAUUGAAUACGUUCAAUUUGAUCAUAAUUACGAAUUCGUAGAUACUUGGGGAGCAACUUGGAAUCAGGAUAUACAAGUAUAUGUUGGAAGAACGCAAAUUACUCGCAAAGGUUCUAAAUCUCAAUCUAACGCUUAUGAAGUAAAAUUUACCAAUUCUUUACUUUCUGAGUAUUUGAAAUCUGUCAUAACCGAAUCACUCAGAACAUCUUUGAAAGAAAAACUACGUGAUGCAGAUUUUUCUUUUGUCGAAACUUUUUUCAAAGAUGAUUAGAUUAGGAAAUUUUUUAUUGAUUUACAUAUUGGAUACGUUAAAGCGUUUACUUAAAUUUUAUUAAUUUUUCUUUUACCGAUUUCUAUCAUUUUAUGUACCUAGUUUUAACUUUUGAGUCAUUCGAAUAUUAGCGUAUAACUGUGUAUUGAAUUAUCGACAUUAUGAAAUAAAAUAUACGUUGUGAAUGAA